AUGAUAAUAGUCAACUUUAUUUCGGCGACCACAAUUGAAUAUUUAAUUAUAUUAUACAAUAAAACAUUUUAUGUUAUUUCUGUAAAGAAUUCGAAAGCACAGGAAAAUACAGAAGAAAAUGUUGAUGGGUUGGGAGGAAUAGACAUUACUGUUUGUCGAAAUUUUUUCGGCCGACAGAAGAACAGUUUUGUCGCUGAUAUUCAUCUUGUCGACACGGACCUUGUUGCUGGUAGUUCUUCCCUAUACAAAGGGAUUUUCAUCCGAGCACCCGGAGUUGUCGGAAUACAAAACGGAGUCGAAAUCCUUGCCUUGCUUGGAGAGAAGGAAAUCCUGCCUCAAGAACGGAACCAACAAAAUGGCGUCCACCAGGGAAACAAUAUGGCGAAAGAACCAAACCAAAUAAUUGGUGUACGGCAAGGAAACAAUAUGGCGACCGCUUUUCAUCCAGAACUCACAACAGACCCAAGAUUCCACAUUUACUUUAUAACUAUGGUUUUAAAGGAGGCAGAUAGCGACUAAACGAACUAUUGUGGAUAUGAAUUAUGUGUUAAAGUUUAGAUUGAUCGACACAAUGAUUUGUACAUGAAUAUAUGGCAUUAUGAUUACAAAGAAAGGUUUUUAAUUUAAUACAUGAAAAUAAUGUUAA